GACAGAGGCGCCAUGGACCUGGUCAUCACACAGGAGCUGGCCCGCGCAGAAAGCCACCAAGAUGGGGAGGCCCUGGAACGAGCCUACCAGCUGAUCAAAUCUGCCAACCUGGGAAAGUCUGAGUUCGACCCUUCAGAAAGCUUCAGCCCAGACCUGUUUGUGCUGUGUGCAGAGCAGGCCCUUAAGAUGGGACGGCUCGAGGAAAGCGAGGACUGCAUCCAGAUGUACUUCAAGGUGAAGGGACCCAUCACCCAGUUUCUGGGCAGAGCACACCUGUGCAGGGCCCAAUUAUGCGCCCCACAGUCGGCGGACAACCUGGAGGAAUUUGAAAAUUGUGUGACUCAGUACAUGAAGGCUAUAAACUUUGCAAAAGGAGAGCCAAGGUAUUACUUCCUGGUGUACAAUGCAUCGGUGCUGUACUGGCACAUGGUGAGGCCAUUCCUUAAGCCAGGCUAUCAUCACUUUGUGAUCCCCAGCCUCUCUCAGAUUGUCAACGUGUUAAAUCAGACAGAGGAGGAAGACAAGGAGUGGCGAGCGGAGCUGAUGAUGGAGCUUCUGGAGUGCUACCUGGAGGCAGGGAGAAAGGAGGAUGCAGCCAAGUUCUGCACCAUGGCGGCGCCAUUCAUCAAGGCCAGCGUGCCGCACAAGUACCGGCAGAUCUACUCCCUCAUGGUUCGUCAUGAGUUAAUGGAUGAACUCCAAUUAAAGGAAGAAAAGAAAAGUUCCAUUAACCUGUCUGUUUCCUUCCACAUUAACACACUGAAGGCAAAACUGGAUAAAAAUGAAGUUCCAGAAAACUUCAAUGAAAUUCUAGUAAGAGCCUAUACAAAUUUAAGCCACUACAAUCACCAGCGCUUUCCUGCCGUCAAGGAAGAGAAGAUAUUUUUGCUUUUCGAAUUAGCUCAUCUUUCUCUGACCUUGAAAUGUGAGGAAAUAGCCUCUGACUGCAUCUCAGACCUGAAGAAAAUCGAAAACCAAGACUCUGGGAAGCCAAUUGAAAUCGAAUGUCUAGAAUGCGAAUUCGAGGCUCUGAUCAUCGAAAGCAGAGUUAAACUCUACAUGCGAGGAGCUAUUGAGGACCAGCUGAGCAUCAUCAAGAGGCUGGACUUCCUGCUGCAGCACGCCAUCCGCCUGGGGGACCCCCAGGUCAUCCAGGUGGUCUGCACCACCCAGUGGAACGUCUGCCUGCCCCUGCUGCAGCACAGCCUGCGGCACCACCUCCGGAAGCCGCUCACCAACGUCGCCGAGAUCCUAGAGAAGGUGGACAGUCUGAUGACCCUGCUGCGCUGCCAAGUCCACAUGGAGCUGGGGCACAUCGAGGAGGACGCAGACCAGCUGGAGACUGCCAUGGAGCACCUGCGCAAGGCCUCCUCCCUGGACACCAUGGGCCUCUACCAGGACAAGAUCAGGAUGGGCUUCAACCGGAUACACCUUUGCACCAUGCUGUACCAGUCCCCUGAGCGUGCCGAGGACAAGGCCAAUAUGGCCAUCCAGCAGGCAAAAAAAGCCAUCCCAAAAGACAGUGUGAGGAAGAAGCGGGCACUCCUGGUGAAUGCAGGGCUGGCCCUCGCCCCCGACACCUUCCAGAUUGUGCUGGACAGCGAGAACGAGGCAAGAGUUUCCACUGGGAAAAUCAAGGGCCGGUUUUCCAGCCUGUGUGCGAAGGCCCGGCACCACAUCAUCAGCGUGGACAAGGCGGUUGGGCACCUGCGGCGUCUGGGAAAUGAGAACGACAAGGAGAGAAUUCAGAUCUGGACAGACUUGGCCAAAGUUUCUCGGAAGCAGGGCGUGUGGGAUGUUUGCCGGGCUGCCUGCCGCUUCUGCCUCCUCUACGACAAUAUGAAGUCCCGGAAGCCGAUGAAGCUGAGGCGAGGACGGAGGAAAAGAGGCACGGACAGCUCCAUGCACGACAUCUUGGGCCAGGCUGACGUGAGUCCCCAGAGGCAAAUUUCCCAGGACCUGCUGAGAAAGUUCGCGGAGGUGGGGUUCAUCAAUGCUGAGGCCACUGUCCACUUGCUGCGUUCGGAAGGCGUGGAGCUGAAUGACCCAGCGAUUCCGCCGGAGGACACCAGUCAGCACCCAGCUGGCUAUGUACCCGAGCCCCCAGACAGCAACCCGGAAUGGAUCACCUACAGAACGUGGAUAGAAAGCUUGUCACAGUAUGCCAUGAGUAGCUGGCUGCGCUCUGCGGACAUCGGGCAGGAGAGGGAGGCCUGGAUUGUGCAGAAUGCUGCGGUCUACAUCUUGAACCACAACCACCAUCUCAUCACCGCUAGGAGGCAGAAGGAAUUGGUUGACGCCCUGACCCACCUCCUGGGUGCCAUCAAGGUCACCGGCCACAAUGGGGACCCCGUCAUGCUCACCAUGCUCUGCAACACCCUGGCCCGAGGCCUCAUCAUCCACUGGAUUCCCACCCAUGCACACGAGAAGUCCAAGAAGUUUGUGCGUCCGGUGGCGGUUCACGCUCCGUUGGACUCCUCUGAGAUCAGAACGGCCUUGGAGGUCUGCGAGUUUGCGCUGAACCUGGGGAACGGGACGGUGCCCGAGGAGGUGGUCCCCAUCAACAUGCGGCAGCAGGUCAUCGCCACCUGGGUGAAGGCCAAGCAGCUGCUGCAGCAGCAGAUCGGGCAGCGGCUGGGCACGGAGGAGCCGAGCACCGACGAGGACAUCACCGGCAUGACCAGAGUCCUCGUGGCCAUCGAGAUGUACUCGUGCAACGGGCUGGGCCUCAUGGACUUCACCGUGCCCCCCCUGGCCCAGGUGGUGAAGAUGGCUUCCGAGUGCGACUGGUCGGACCCCCUGGUGGAGCUGCAGACCCUGACGCGCCUGACCCACUUUGCCCAUGCCUCCCGAGACCACGACAUCACCAUGGCCUGCGCCCAGUUGCCACCGCAGAUGGGCAUCCGAUACCUGAGGACGCGCGACAAAGUUGAGAUACCGCUGGUGGCUGAGAUGCUGUGCACCGCCACCUGCAUCCAGGGCCGGAGCAUCAUGGAGAACCUGAAAGGGCGGAAGCAGAUGCGGCUGGCCGCAGCCAAGGCCUUCGUGGAGAGCGCCAGGUUUGGCGGCGUGGCCGGCAGCAGCGCUCUGGUGAUGUUGGCGGCACGACACUACUGGAAUGCCUGGCUCCCUCUCCUGUCCUCAGCAGCCAACAGGAAGAAGGCCAAGAGUUCUGUCCAGAAGGUGAUCAGCAUCAUCAACAGGACAGAGACCAGAAAGCGGGACAAAGGGAAGACCCUGCUCCUGCACCAGUGGCCCACAGCCGACUUCCAGGCUGGGUCCAUGGCCGAGGGCCACUUUCUCCCAGGGGCAGAGGAUGACCUGUCUCUCAGAGCCGCGCUCUAUGGCCUGCUGUUCCACAGCCACGCUGACCAAGAUGACUGGGAGGGCGGCCUCAAGGUGCUGGAUGAGGCCGUGCAGGUGCUACCCCGGACGGCCCACCGCCUCUUGAUUUUCAAACACAUGGUCAUUGUGAAAGCCAAACUUGGGCAGAAUUUCACCAUGGAAAUACAGAAGUUCAAGGAUGAAAGCGAAGACUACUUGGCACACAUGUGGCACCGCCUGGCUGUGAACUCCAAGAACAUCCUAGGAGAGCUCACCUGUUACCAGAAUGCCAUCCAGGCCCUGCAGAGACCAGAGAGCAGCCAGCAGAAGGUGGACUAUAUCCUGGAGUUCAGCGAGUGGCUGCACUUCAAGCAGUUUCCUCUUGAAGACGUCAUCGCCCAUCUCACGUGGGCAGUUGAGAUCUUGCUGGUCAUGAAACCCACCCAAGACACAUCAGAGCCAGAGCUGGAGCCAGAAAGGGAGACCAAGCCUGCUGACGUCCAAGCGGAGGGGCCAGAGGCCCAGGCCCAGGACCAGGGGACGUUCUCCUUGGAGCAGUUACAGAGCCUGAGGCAGCUGGAGCUCCUGGCCAGAGUGCACAUCCUGCGGGCCCUGAUGUUGACGCCCAGCGCCGCCAGCUACCAGGACGACUGCCUCAUGGCCUACACCUUCUUCAGGCACAUCUGGCAGAUUGCUCUGUCAAAAGGAGGAAAACUAAUUCCAGAAAAGGCGGUAACAGCAACCAGCUCACAAAUAUUAUUGCCUAAAAAAGAGAAGGAGAAGGGCAAGGAGAAGGAGAAGGAGAAAAGUAAAGAGAAAGAGAAGGACAAGGGGAAGGAGGACAAGGAGAAGGAGAAAGUGAAAGACAGCAAGCAGGCGCAGGCCCCCGCCACCAGCCGGCGGCCUGAGGAGUUACCCAGCAGCGUAGAGGAGUGGGCCUCCUACGUCUGCCCGGAGGAGCUGCUGUCCGUGUUCAGGCAGGACAAAAGCGACUUCACCAUUAACUCAAAGAGCUUCCAGAAGCCGACAUACACGCUGUACUAUCUGGACCACCUGGUCAAGGCCUUGAAGAAGAUGUUCCUCCACGAGCUCACCAUCCCCCUCCUGCAGCUGGGGGUUCUCAUUGCCAACGCCGUGGUGGACAGCAAGAGCCUAGCGGACCUCUACCACCUGAGGCUCGCCCAGGUCUGCGCGGACCUGCGGCUCCGCGACGCCGCUGCCUACCACGAAGAGGCCGUUGGGCAGACGUACAUUGGAGACAUGGAGCAGGCCAGCUGCAGAAAAGAGAUUACAUUUAAAAAGCAGAAGAUCAGGGAGCCCGUGGUAGAUGAAAGUCUGCCCACCUUGAUCCAGUUGUCAGCACCAGUCUGCCCAGUAGAGGUGAAGCCACUGAUAGCCCAGGACAAGAUUUUGGAGGUAAAUGGAGAGACUGGGAAGGGCCUGCAGGGAACCUCCUACCCCCGGCUGUGGAUGCUCAAAGCCAAGGUGCUACUGGACAUGGACCUGUUCCAGCCUGUGCGGCUGCUCCUGUCGGAGGCCCACCAGGCUUUCCAGGAGCUCGAUGAUCCUUGUGCCCAGUCCCAGUGCCUGCUCCUCCUGGCACAGCUGGCCAACAAGGAGAACAACUACGGAGGAGCUAAGAGACUGAUCGAGAAGGCCCAGCAGCUGGGUGGGAGCGAGGAGUUCUGGUACAAGUCCACCCUGACGCUGGCCCAGGCCAUGCUGUCUUCAGAAGACGCAGGGAGAGAAGUGUCGGUUUGCUGUCUGUAUCAGAAACUCAUCGAUGUCUUCAGACUCCUCCAGAAAGAACGGCCUAACCAGGAAUCCCUUCUGGAGUUCUUCAUCAUGGACCUUGAUGCUAGGUGCGUGUACCUCCAGCUGCAGAUGGCGCAGGGCUCCCCCGCCAGCAAGCCCCCCGAGGCGAUGCUCCUGCUGACGGAGAUAGACAAGCACCUGGUGGAGCUGGAGGAGAAGUGCGCUUCCACCUGCGGGUACCAAACGCACUGCAUGGACGUACGAGUUGCCCGCGCAAAGCUGAAGCGGUUAUGUGCCCAAAAGGAGAAAGAUGAAGAACACAAGAUGUCCUAUUACCUGGAUGCCUAUGACGUGGCCCAGAAAGCUGUGGCUGAGGAGGAGGUGCUGUACUACCAGAUCCAGGGGCUGCUGUCUCUCCAGGACUUACAGAACAUCAACUCCCCCCUAAUGCGGAGGCUGGCCCACCUUAAGCUCAGCCUGGUGAAGGCCUGCCUGGACCUGAUGCAGUUCAUGUGGCGCGAGAAGCUGGAGCGACACCAGGAGCAAGGCUCCAUGGAGAAGCUGCUGGAGGAGUUCAAGCAGAUCAGAGACUACACGGCCAUCGGCUUGCAAUGGUGCACACUGAAGCGGACCCUGGUGCACACGGCGCUGGUGCAGCUGGAGAGCAUGCAGCCACUGUGCGUGGGCUGCGUGGAAAUCCGUGCCAAGUUCCUGAGCCUGGCCGGGAGGGCCCUGCGCCUGCUGGCUGUGCAAACCGACCCUGUGCGCUCCUCCUACCGCUGGGAGGAGGGCCUUUUGAUGGGUGCCAAGGUGAGCCGACUGCGGUCCCUGGAGUUGGAAGCCGAGAGGAAGGGCAUGGAGCCGUUGACCAAGGAGCAGCCAGUCGACAGGGAAGCCCCCAGGAAGCGCAGCAAGAAGGCCGAGGGCCUGAAGAAGAGGAUGGUGCUGGCCCAGCGGUACUUGGCCCAGGCCUCGGAAGUUCUGCUGCAGUGCCUGCACACGGCCCUGGGCGGCAAGCUCCUAAAGAUCGCGGCCGCCGCCAGCCUGGAAAUGGCGGAGUGCAUGGGCACGCUGGAUCCCGCCACCACCUGCCAGUUCCUGGCCCUGUCUCAGAGCUGCUCGGCCUCGGAGAUGAUGCAGGAGGUACUGCUCAAGGCCACGGCCAACACCAGCAGCUCGCAGCUGGCAGCGCUGCUACAGCUCCACACGAAGCUGAAGACGCAGGAAAAGACUUCCACCAGCCUCUUUGCCAGCAUGGAGCAGAGGCUGACCAACACCUUCAAGGCCUGGCAGAGCCUCUGCGUCACAGAGCAGCACUUCAACUUCCUGGGUGAGCUCCCGCCCACCAUCCAGGCCAUCUUCCUGUGCCACUCACAGGACAGGUCCCGACUGUAUGCCGCCACCUACGAGAAGCCCAAGAACACGCCCAUAGCCAAGGGGAAACCGCUGCAGGCGGGCGGCCACUGCAAGGUGAUGAAGAUAACGGUGACUCCAACGGCCUUCUCAGAGCUGCAGACCAGGCUCCAGCAGUUCCGGAAGCAGACCCAGACCCAAGCUCAAGUACACAGCACACCUGUGCCUCUGAGACUGGGGCUCCAGAUGGAGGCCUUGCCUAGUGAACAGAAAGACCUCUGUCUACAGAAGCUCAAUGGUAUUCUGGAGCCCAUGGAAGAUUACUUGCGGCCUAUCUUUCCCCUGCUCAACUUUCCAGAAGUCAGAAUUCCAGUUCCUGUGAUUGUGGCUGACCCAGGGAAACCAAAGGGCAAAGAGAAGGAAAGGAAAAUGUCCAAUCCAACUGCUCAAGUGGAGACUAUGGACACGGUCCUGAUUGUUGACAGGCACCUCCUGGAGCUGCCCCUGGAGGGGCUCUCUGUGUUCGACCAGGGCACAACUCCGUCUCUGUCCCGAGAAUUUUCCCUCCAGAUGCUCUGCAACCGCCUCCGUAAGGAGGAGACAGAAAGUGAUGUGAAAAAGGAGGGGAAAAAGAAAGAUGCAAAGAAGAAGGGGAAACGGGGCGGAAAGGGCAUCCUGCCCCGGAUAAUCCCCCCAAACUGCAUCACCAUCCCCUCGGACAGCUUCAAGUUCGUCAUCGACCCCUACAAGGAGGCCCAAGGCAAAGAAUCCCUGAGCCCUGUUUUUGUGACCCAGGAAAUUUUGGAAAGAUUUCGAGAUUCGUUUACUGAUGAGUGGGAAGGGCACCUGGGCAACCAGAACUUUCCAAGCCAGGCCGACUGGGAGCAGGUGCUGUCCAGCUGCAGCGGCUUCUUCUUCUACGGGAUGGAGAGCUUCCUGACACACAUCCUGGUGGAAAGACUGGCUGCCAUGAAUCUGCAAGAGUGCCAGCUGAUGGUCUUGCUGGACCAGACAACUUCCUACAAGAGCCGGCGGAGGAAGGCAGAGAGCUCUGAAAGCAAGAGCAUGGCGCAGCAGUCCCUAGAUAAGCCCAUUGAGACGGCCAUCCUCCUGAGCCUGGUGGGCGUCAAGAGCAUCGUGGCCAAUCAGUGGCCAGCACUGCUGCAGGACAACGCGCAGAGGGCCAACAUCCUGUGGGAAAACCUGCUGCCCGUCGGCAAGACGGUUGGGAAAGCGGUCCGCCUCCUGCAGAAGAUGAGAUACACUGAGAAGCCCAUGGAAGUACUUAGCAGUGCUCGAGUAGUGCAGGACUCCCGCCUUAGCGCCCACAAGGGCAGUGAGGAGCAGAUUCUGCCCGUGGCCUCAGCUCAGAUCUGGCUGCCUCUUGCCCUGUUCUCCCUGCACCCUGGUCCCGGUCCCUGGGAGCUGGAUCUGUGCCAGACAGCCCUGCAGCUCACCAGCUCCAUCUCACCCUCCACAGAUGAGUCUCCAUACGCCAACCCGGACGAGACGCCGUCGCUUGGGGCGGAGUCCCCCGGCUCGGAGCCGCACCCCACGGCCCUCAGCCUGGUCCUGUAUGGGCUGCCGCACCAGGCCAUUGUAUGA